AUGAUGUUUGGAUUUAAAAAAAGCCCACCAGCAUUUCUGGACCUUCUAAACCAUACAUCAAUUGACUUUAAGAAGAAGGUUCAAAGAGGUGUCAACUUCGCAUCUGCUGGCUCUGGAAUUCUUGAUCAUACUGGAUUUAAAGCAUGGAAUGAAGUAGUACCUAUGACAAAGCAAAUCCAACAAUUUGCAACAGUAAUAGGAAAUAUCACAGCAGCAAAGGGUGCAGGGCAUACAGCUAAAAUUCUAUCGAAGGCGCUGUAUAUUUUCUGCUUCGGAUCUAACGAGUUCUUUGAUUAUAUGCGUAACAAAAGUACCACACCCAAGCCACUCUUACUGGCUACUGUCCAAUCUGCUUACAGUGACCAUCUAAAGGCACUGUACAAAAUGGGUGGAAGGAAAUUUGCUGUGCUAGGAGUUCCGCCAAUAGGAUGCUGUCCGUACGCAAGAUCAAUUAACAAAAAAAAUGGGGGUGGUGAUGUUUGUAUGCCUCUAUUGAAUGAAUUUGCUCAAGCUUUCCACACCACAACUCUCACUCUAUUUCAACACUUGACUUCCGAAUUGCCAAAUCUCAAGUACUCCAUUGGAAAUGUUUAUAACAUGACUAUGGACUUAUUUGACAACUAUUCCCGAUUCGGUUUCAAGGAGAUAAAGAAGGCAUGUUGUGGAUCUGGAGGAGAUUACAAUGGAGACUAUGGAUGUUAUGAACCUAUAAAACCUAAUCUUUGCAGGAAUAGGAGUGAGUACUUAUUCUGGGACUUGUAUCAUCCAUCUCAAGCUGCUUCCCAAUUGCUAGCUGAUACCCUUUAUAGUGGAGAUGCUCUUUAUAUGACUCCAAUGAACUUUAGUCAAUUGGCUUUGGCUCAAGUUCAUAUUUAGUAUCUGGGUUUUUUAGCUACUUUUCUUUUAAACUCUUAUGACUUGUUACAAUGUUUCAUGUUAAUGUUUUUGAUUUAU